AUGUGGCCGUACGUGCUUGCCACCGCUGGCGCUGCCCUCUGGCUGUACUGCGGUGGUGGCGAGCCAGAUGGGCGGUGGUUCCUGGCCAUCUGGCUGUACUGCGCCGUCGUCGUCCUUUUUGCCGUCGUUAUCGUGCACCUCUCCUCCGCCUGUCAGUUCGUCUUGUCGAAGCGCAACGGUCAGAAACUCAUCCACGAUGGCUUCAUCUACAACCUCCGCUACACCGCAAAGAAUGGCAACCGCACCUGGUGCUGCGAGAAAGGUGCUCAGGUGUACGGCGGGCAAGUGCAGGCCCGCGUGGAGGGGCUCCGGGCCGUCGUCCAGCAGGCGACGUUGCGUGCGCACCUGCCCACUCCAGACAAGGCCGUCGCGGAGCAAGUGCGUACCAGGGCAAGUGCCGCUGCGUGGCAACAGCCCGACGCCACUGCCGCGAACGUGGCCUCGGCCGCUCUCGCGGGGGUCCCGCAGGCGUCGUUGGCCGCGACGCCCACCGCGACCAACCUGAAGCGGGCUUGCUGGAGGGCACGGUUGUCAGAACAGAACAAGCGCCUGAAGAGCGGGGAGCAAGCGCCGCAGGAUUUCGACUGCUCCACGCUGGAGGUGCCCGCCGUCCCUGACACUCUCAAGCAGGUGGACGGCGAGGAGUUCCUGGCGCGCGACAGUGGCUGCAGCGGGCGACGAGCGCAUCCAGGUGUGGGGGGCUGCACGAAGUACUUCGAUUUCCUGGCCACGGCGGGCGUCUGGCUGGCAGACGGCACGUUCCGCGUAGCGCCAGCCCCCUUCCUCCAGGGCCCCGAGCCGACCCUUCUGCUCGAUUACGAGAAGGCUUCCUACCAGGCGGCCUCGGCCGUGUUCCACGAGAUCAACAUCUGCGGGUGCUACUUCCACUUCCGCGCCGCCGUGCGCGAGCGCGCAGUCGACCUGGGCUUGAGCAACAGGUGCGGCGGGAACGCUGAGCUCGAGCUCGUGUCAUACUUCGAGAAAACGUGGGUGGGCGAGAAACUGGCCAGGGCCAGGGUGCGGAAGGCCCCCGUGUCCCCCGUGGACAUCUGGAACGUUCACCAUCGCACGCUCGACGAGAAAUUCCUCGCCACGAACGCAGCGGAACUCUUCCACCGCCACCGCGCGGCUCAGUUCCACAAAGGCGCCCGCCCCGCAUGCCCGACCUUCAUCCUGAGUUUGCACAAGCAGCAGAGGAUCACCAGCCGGGACAUCGCUGAGAUCGCCAUGGGGGGCGAGAAGAAGCUGCGCGAAUCCACGCGGGUUCGCGGAGACAAGCAGUGCAAUUUGGUGAAUAAGUACUUGGGGGACAAGGGCGGGAUCUCCCUCGUGACGCAGCUGGCGCACCUGGCCAUGGGCGAGGAGUGA